CUACUCGAGCCAGCGAUGGUGAGCCGAAAGUACGCGCUCGCCGCCAGCAGCGAAGCGCCAGUGGCCGCCGAACGCGUCUCCAAGUUGCCGCUACCGGAGGCCGCGUCGUCGAACGCCGAAGACGAGCAACCGCGACAGCGCUUCCAGUAUCUCGGGCCGGACGUCGGCCUCGGUGCCUCUGAGAAGACAGCUCACGCGGGAUCUUCUACUGACCCUAUAUAUCAGAAUGGACACUGUUCUUCACAGCACUGGUGGAAAGACAAUGAGAAAAACUGGCGUCUGUUCCGGUGGUCUAUAUUAGUAAUAGCUGUGCUACUAGUUUUGGGACUGGUGAUUUACUUUUUGGUUAUAGACAUGCAAGUCAUGGCACCCAUUGUAAAGGAUGGCUCUAAUGGCAAGAUAUCUGAGGCCCACUGGACUACUGAUUCAUCUGGGUCAGCAGCUGAUGAUGUAGUAUCGUUGGAUGGGGAUGUUAUUCUAGAUCUUGGGGGUGUGACGUAUAAUGAAGGAGAUUUGCGUGUUACUCCAGGACAACAUUUACUGCAUCCAACAGCAACCGAUAACUCAAGUGACAAGAAGGAAUAUAUGCGGCCCGAUUUCAUUGAAAUAGUACCACCUCCAAAUCUUGGAACUUCCACAGUUUCUAAUGAGUCACAAGAAAAUCAUGUUACAGAGCAAGUUGACUUCAAUAAAGUUACAAAUGGUGAAACAAAUGUAACACAACCAGCAGAUAUUGUAUCUGAUAUUAACAAUGAAUUUUUGCUGACUACCUCACAACUUCUAAACAAAAUAAGAGGAGCAUUUCAGUCUGGUCAUUAUGGAUCAAAAACUGAGCAGAAUGGAAGUAAAGCUAAAGAUGUGCCUGAUACUGGCAAUGAUGAUUUUCACAAAUUAACAACUGUGUCUAAGUAUGGUAAAAGUAAGCAGUCAGUAUCUUCAGCAGCAUCACGAAGCCCAGUUUUUCCUACAUUGCCAACAACUCCAUCCAAGGAAAGCAGAGUUGAAGGUCCUGUCAAUGAAAAUUUUACUGAGUCUGAAGGUUUAUGUUUCUCACCUCGCCUGGAAAUGUGUCAGGGUGUUUUGCCUUAUGACUUAACAACCCUUCCUUUGGUGCCUGGUAUAAAUCAGGUAGCAGACCUUGAUGCAGCUCUGCCAUACUUUGAAAUGAUAUUGGAAUCAGGUUGCAGUAACAGGGGACGUCAGUUCAUUUGUUCACUGCUUGAACCUGCAUGUCAACCAAUGGGAAACAAUGUUUUGCUUCCUUGUCGUAAAGCCUGUAGAGCUGUUGCUGAAGACUGCAGUGACUUCAUUCUGACUGCAUUGGACCUGUCAAGAGUGUUUCGUUGUGAUCUUUACCCUGACUCAGAUGAUCCAUCACAGUGUGUUUCUUUUGCAAAAGGAAUAACUUGUCUGAAGAAUGAGUUCCAAUGUUCUGAUGGCACUUGCAUUCCCAACAGAUGGGUGUGUGAUAAUGUAAAUGACUGUCCUUAUGCCACAGAUGAAAACAACUGCACACAGUGUGCUGAAGGAGAAGUUAGUUGUGAAAAAGAUAAAAAGUGCAUCCCGGCACAUUGGAAAUGUGAUGGGUACAAGGACUGUCAAGAUGGGUCUGAUGAAUUAAAUUGUGCUGUAGAGAAAGAUGAAAUUCUCACUGCUAUGCCAUACAUGUCAACAUGUUCUGCAAAUGAACUACGUUGUGUGGAUGGACGCUGCAUCACACUGCAACAGCUAUGUGAUGGUAAAAAAGACUGCUCUGAUGGCAUUGAUGAGGCCAGCUGUACUAUCACUGGAUGAAUGUGUAUUUUGAUCAUUUUUACAAACUCUCGAUAUAUUUUUCAUGCAUAUUUUACAAAUAUAGCAUGUGUGAUAUAUUACUACCCAGAUGGAAUUGUUGUUCCAUUGUAGGGAAUGAAUGAAGUACCAACUAAGGAAUUUGCAAGAUAGCCUGUUGUUCUUUUGAGUUUAGUAGGAAAUAUCUUCUUUCAAGAUCUUUUUCCUUGCUUCCGACAGCAAGAAAAAUCUCAUGUAAAGCACCAAAAAUUACUGUAAUGCAAAUAUUUUUAUUUCUUAACAGUGCCACAAAUUACUGCUAAUAUGAAAUUUGACUGGUAUAUUACUUGGUUAUGUGAGCAAGUUACAGAAUGAGGUGUCUAUUGCUUGUGGAAAUAAAAUGAAUUGAGGUACAAAAUUAAGCAGGAAGAAAAAUAUCAUGUAAAAUUUUUGAAAGUUAUGAAAAUAGAUGCUAUUUCACAAAUAGUAUUAGAUACUAUUGCUGUAAAAAUGUGCCCUGUAGCUUCUUAGCAUAAAAGCAAAGCAUACAUAAAAAGCAACAUAAAUUAUCCAAGCUCUGCUUUUCAUGCAGAAUUUAUUAAUAAUGUGCUGCGUACCCUAUGAUUCCACAAACUAUGUUAAUUUUUAUUGUUAAGUAAAUGCUGCUUCUUAUUAUCAUAGAUGAAAAGAAGGCAUCUGAAUGUGUUCAAUGUUUAUUUUAAUUAAAUACUAUAGUGUCCAUGUUAUGUAUGUGUGUACAUA